AUGGAUACUACGCCACAGGAUGGGCCGCAGUGUGGUGACGCGAAUGGGGCGCGCCGCACCAACGCGAAGGUGGUGGGAAUCAUACGCAGAUCUUGGCGAAGCCGAGGCUACGCAGGCCACUUGUGCGUCGCAUCAGACUCUGUGCAUGGCGCGGGCCCCAAGUCGCUCUUGUUCCAGCCUGUGGACCGCAGAUUGCCCCGAGUACGGAUUUCGACGCGCCAGGCGGCCACGCUUGCCGACAAGCGCAUCGUCGUGGUUAUCGACUCAUGGGCGGCAGACUCGCCUUUUCCGAAUGGGCACUAUGUGCGCACACUGGGCAAACUUGGCGACCGUGAGGCCGAAACUGAGGCAGUGCUCUUGGAGCACGACAUCAAUACGGCGCCCUUCACACGUGCCGUGCAUGCAUGCGUUCCAGCUCUCCCUUGGGCGGUUGACCCCGGCGUUGACCUCGCCCCCGGCCCGAUGUUCACGCGCCAAGAUCUGCGUGAUCUUGAUGUGUGCUCUGUCGACCCUCCUGGGUGCAAGGACAUCGACGACGCCUUGCACGUGAGGCGGCUGCCAUCAGACGCCGAUCACCCCCACGAACGCAUCGAAGUCGGCGUCCAUAUUGCGGACGUGACGCACUUCGUGCGCGAGGGGACGCCGAUUGAUGAGGAAGCUGCGGCACGGUCCACAACGACGUACCUGGUGGAGCGACGCAUCGACAUGCUGCCGAAAGCUCUCACAGAGGAGAUCUGCUCGCUGAAACCCAACGUUGAUCGCUUGGCCUUCUCUGUUUUGUGGGAGAUGACGCCAGAAGGCGAACCGCUGCGGCAACCGCGGUUUUGCAAAUCGGUGAUUCGAUCUCGAGCCGCGCUGACAUAUGUGGAGGCACAGAUGCGCAUUGACGGCACGGACAAGGCAGGCGAUGACGCAAUCACGGACUCUCUGCGUUUGAUGAACCAGGUGGCGAAGUCGUUGCGGCGGAAACGCUUCGCUGCCGGCGCUCUGGAGCUCGCCAGUCCGGAAGUCAAGUUCGAGAUAGAUACAGAGACACACAACCCAACAGACGUUGGUGUUUAUCACCUGCAUGACACGAACCGCAUGGUUGAGGAGAUGAUGCUGCUUGCGAACAUCGCCGUCGCGAACCGCAUCCUGAAAGGAUUCCCAGGGUCGGCCGUGUUGAGGAGACACCCACACCCGACUGCGUCAUUGUUCGCCCCCCUCGUGGCGGCUACUGCAGCUGCGGGGUUUGACAUCGACGUGAAGACGUCAAAAAGCGUCGCAAAGUCUUUGGAUCAGUGUGUGCGAAGUGACGACCCGUACUUCAAUCGCUUGGUGCGCAUCAUGGCAACUCGGUGUAUGACGCAGGCGGUGUACUGCAGCAGCGCAGAGGUCGCCUCUCAAGAUUUGCAUCACUACGGGCUCGCGACGCCGUUGUACACGCACUUCACUUCGCCCAUCCGUCGCUAUGCGGACUGUCUUGUACAUCGCCUGCUUGCUGCGUGCGAGGGGCUCGGGCCGGCACCAGCGCGGCUGGGUGACCGCGGCUGGAUGCGAGGUGUCGUCAACAACAUGAACGAACGACACAGAAACGCGCAACUCGCCGGUCGCGCGAGCGUUGAGCUGUAUACACUGAUGUUCUUCCACGGCAGGCCGACGAAGGAGAUCGGUCGCGUCGUGCGCGUGCGGGCCAAUGGGCUGAUUGUUCUCGUUCCAAAGUACGGAAUCGAGGGGCCAGUAUACUUCUACCGCAAAGGCGAGGAGGCGAGCCCAUGGAAGCUCGACGAGGGGGGUCAGCGCGCCACUGACCCGACUGGCGUGCGCUCGUACCAGGUGUUCGAUCAAGUCCCCGUGACCAUCAGUGUGCGGGAAGAUGCUCGAGGUCUCCGCGAGCUCAUGCUUGCCCUCAGGGACGAGGCCUGA